AUGGUUCACGGCUGUGGUAAUCGAACAUUGAAAUUUUUAUUUUUCACUGCAAAUUUAUUAACUUGUGCAUUUGGUGCACUUCUUUUUGGCAUUUCAUUAUGGGCUUAUCAUGAUGAAAAUUUUUUGCAAAAAUUAGAAAAAGUACAGGAAAUACAUAAAGAAUAUUCUCCUGAACUAACACAACAUCAAAUAGGAUUGUGGUUAUUAAUAAUUAUUGGUGCAUCCAUAUUUCUUGUUGGUUUUCUCGGUUGUUGUGGUGCGAUAUGUGAAAGUACCAAGCUAUUGGCUUUAUUUUCUAUUAUUGUAUUAAUUCUUGCAAUACUUGAAGUUGCUUCGAUAGUACUUAUAAUUGCUGGCAAGGAUCAAUUUAAAAAUGCUUUAUAUAAUUUACUAUCAAAAACUGGCGAAUCAGAAGAUGAAAUGCAACAUUUUAAACCUAUCGAAGAUUUAUUCCAAUGUUGUGGUCCAACAAAUGAAACAAUGGUUCGAUACAUCGAGAAUGGCUUAUGUGAGGAUGAAUUAAGAAAUAAACCGAAUUGUUUCGCAGUAAUAUCCGAUCAUUUUGAUUCAUCUCAAAAAGAUAUCAUUAAAAUUUCCGUCGUUUUAAUAAUUAUUGAUUUGCUUGCAUUAUUUUCUACAUCUAUGCUUUAUAAAGCAUUUCGCUAUCAAACACCAUACUAUUAUGCUUAA